AUGACUGCUCGAGGAUCACCAUGGUUGAACCUCCUGAAAGAAGUUGUUGAAAGGCGUAGUGCGUCACCCCCUACGGGGAGUGUGGAAAAGAGGAGGAGAGGGUCUCCAAAAGAAGAUAGAGCACAAUGGAAUGCAAGCCUUGAGAAAGAUCUCGUGGACUUGCUUCGUGAGCAUGCUACACCUGAACACAAGGGUCAAAAUGGAUGGAGCUCUGAAGCAUGGAAUAAGAUAGUGAAGAAAUUCCACCAGAAGAAUCCAUAUGCUAGGUACGAGAAGAAGAAGAUCCAAGAAAAGGAGAAAGAGUUGAAAAGAGAAUAUAAGAUGAUUAAAGAGAUAAGGAAGCAAAGCGGUGUUUCAUGGGAUGACCAGCAGUGCAAGAUUCGAGCAGAUCCUCCACUUUGGAAAAACAUUAUCAUAUCACGCCCUAAAGCUGGAAAGUUCAGGACAAAAGGUUUCCCUCUUUUUGACGCUUUGGGAGAAUUGCAUGAUGGGACAUACAACUUCACAUCUAUCGAGUCAUCACAGUACUCAACCCAAGCACAACUCGAGAAUCUGGGAGGAGCUGGUGAGUAUCUUCGCAAGAAUCAUGGAGAAACAUCAUACCAUGAUGAGAAUAUUGGAGGAGAAACAUCAGCCAAUGGUGAGAAUCUUGGAGAAGAAAGGGUGCAAAUUGAUGAAGAUGUUGAGGAGGUGGAAGAUGAGAGGAACAAGCCAAGGAUUGUGGACGAGUACUCUAUCAAAAACUGCAUUGAUCUGCUGAAAACAAUGGAUAUCACACCCGAGGAAGAAGUCAAGGCUUUCCGAAUGUUCAAGAUCCCCGAGAACCGAGAGAUUUUCAUGAGUGCCAGACCGGAGACUGCUCUUAUGUGGCUGAGAACAAAAAAGGAAUAA